AUGUCGUUCGUUAAGAAGGAAGAAGGGGGCCACAUCAAGGGCGAGCCCGGUGGAAAGUUUGACAUGUCGAAGAUUCCAAUGGCUCCCCCCAAGGCCACCUCCAAAGCCUUGAUGAAGCCCAAAGACGAAGGCAAACCGAACUUCUUCGCACUGCCCGAGUACAAACCGCCGGCCGACCGUGGUCGUCGCAAGGGUCGCUAUCGAGGUGGAAACCACAUCACCCAUUCUGUCGGCAAUUUUCGCAUAAAGACAGUGUACAACCGUGACCGUGAUGAAGUCAAAAUGUCUGUCUCAAGCAUCAAUGCAUUCACUCCAUCUGCCUUGAGAAGGGCGCGCGCAGAAGCGGACUGGGCUUCGGUCGAGCGAACUAUUUUCGAGAAAUUACGUCGAGCCCAUUUCAACAUUCAGCCAGUUCCUGAUGAUUUUGGCAAGCUCGGCGUGUGUAUGAGCCAUUCUUUGAUUUUCCAUGCUCCCAUUGGUUUUGGGUCAACGGACGACAGCAAUUUGGUUCUCAUCAACAGGGACGUGUCUUUCAGAGUCCGCCCUAUGAACAAUUUACCCCAGCCUACGCCGAUGCAGUAUCAGGUCAACGAUUUCAAGCGCGGUUCUGCCCCAGUCAUGAAGACCGAGCCGUCUUCUGCUGCGUCUUCCACAAGCAGCGCUGCUUCACAGGAACUUAAAUCGAUCUUUUCUCACCAGGGGCCCGUUCCUGCGUUUUCCCUUUUCGGCUCGACCCUCCUGGGCGCUCGCUAGUUCCCUCAAAAGGUCGAGUCAACUACUCCAAAUUCAUCCAUCUUCGUCUCGAGAUCCUCUAGCGACAGCUCUAGCUCCGAGGCAACUACAUCUCGGCCUUUUAAUUGAGCCCUGCACGAACCUGAAAUGGGAGUUGUCUCGGGGUUUGAGUGGCCAAGCGGCGGAGCAAACAGGCAUGUCUGCAGCCGCGUGCAUAUGGGCAUUGGCUUUGAUAGUGGUUAGAAACUCUGGCAUCAGUGAAGGAGAUAUUGUUAGCAAUGUGGUUCUGGUGCUGGCCAGCGGGGAGAUGGACUGGAAUUGCCAAUACCUGGAUGUGAACUUUAUGCUGGGUGAAGAUCUUAAUGUCGUCUACUUGUCACUCGCGGGUGGUCUUGGUUGCAGGAAAGUCAAUACAGAUUAAUGGAAUUUGCAUUGGUUCAUCCUAAAGAUUAUCAGAGCAUAUAUUUCAAAUCAGCACGAUGGUGCCAUUCAU